GCGUGCGUGCGUGUGUGAUUCAUCUCCCUUCCCCCCCCUCCGUGCUUUACUUAUACCCUUCCCACAUCCUUUCGUCUCCUCGUCGCCUCCUUUUUAUAAAGCCCAUCGAUAGAUUUGGAGGUAGAAGAAAGCUGUGAGGAAGAGAGAGAGAGAGAGAGAGAGAGAGAGAGAGAGAGAGAUGAGCGUCAUGAAGGCUCCCAUCAGGUGUUGCAUCUCCUGCAUCUCCUGCAUCCUGCCAUGCGGGGCGCUCGACUUGAUCCGCAUCGUGCACGCGAGCGGGCAUGUCGAGGAGAUCAGCGGCACCGUCACCGCCGGGGACAUCAUGAGAGCCUACCCUAAGCAUGUCCUGCGAAGGCCACUCUCACCGUCGUCGACGAACGGAGUCGUCGUGCCGGAGGCCGUGAUACUGCCACCCAGCGCUGAAUUGCGGAAAGGGAAGAUAUACUUUCUGAUCCCGGUGGCGCCCCCGGCGCCGGGCAAGGCCCGAUCGGGGAUGAAGGGAACGACGAGGAGGAGUUGGAAGAAAGAAGCGGACAGCGAAGGUGGUCAGGCCACCGAAAAGACGCGGCUGCUUCACAGUGAGCCGUACUCAUCGGACACCCUAUCGAAGAAGGCGUCGACGCAGACGUGUAGGCGGCGAGGGAGGAUCGCGGUGUGGCGGCCGCGUUUGGAGAGCAUCUCCGAGAUCUCCGACGACCUCUGUGUGAACUUCUGAUUCCCCUGUCAUUUGUCCUUCGUAGAUUUCCCUGUCGAAGCCAUUUCCUCAGCAACCGUCUUCACGAGACGGUGACGUGAUCUCUGUAAAGAUACAUAUAGCAUAUCUUUAUUGGAUUUCUCCUCUCUCUAAGUUUCAA